CAUAAACUCUUUUUCCCAAACAACGAAUUUUGAAGGAAAGUGUGCGAAAAUUUAAACAAACUAUCACUCAAAUUAGCAGCGAUGGCCGGGAACGAAUUCCGAUUCUUCUUGUCGUGUGACAUUAAUCUACCGGUGACUUUCAAAAUCGAGAGAUUGGAGGGCAAAUUAUCUGCUCGAAAGCCGCCCGAUUCAGCUGAUGAUUGUACCAUAGAGGAGAAGAAACCCGAGUUGUACGUCGAAAGCUUGCUGUACAUCGAUGGUGCACCUUUUGGGCUCCCUAUGAGAACAAGGUUGGAAUCAGGAGGUCCGUCGUAUUGUUGGAAUGAACUCAUCACACUGAGUACUAAGUAUCGUGAUUUGACCGCAAAUUCACAACUUGCUGUUACUGUGUAUGAUGUUUCAUGUGGGAAAGAUGAGGAAGUGGUUGGCGGGGCAACCAUUCACUUGUUCAACAUGAAAAAACAGCUCAAGACGGGGAAACAUAAACUUAGACUAUGGGUGGGCAAAGAAGCAGAUGGAUCUAUCAAUACAAACACACCAGGGAAGGUUCCUAAAGAGGAAAGAGGGGAACUAGAACGCCUUGAAAAGCUAGUGAAUAAGUAUGAGAGAGGGCAGAUUCAAAGAGUUGAUUGGCUUGACCGGCUCGCAUUCAAAGCCAUGGAGAGGAUUAAAGAACGCGAGAGCUUGAAAAACGGGAGUUCUCAUUUGUACGUUGUCAUUGAUUUCUGCAGCUUUGAGCACCGCAUAGUGUUCCAGGAGUCUGGUGCAAAUAUUAUAAUACCGUCCACAAAUGAAGUGGUUACAGUUUGGGACCCUGAAGUUGGAAAAAUUAAUCCAUCUGAGCACAAGCAACUAAAGCUGGCUAGAAGCUUAAAUCGCGGCAUCAUCGACAAAGAUCUUAAACCUAGCAUUACAGAAAGGAAGUCUAUCCAAAGGAUAUUAAGAUAUCCACCAACUCGGACCUUGAACGGAGAGGAGAAGCAGCUCCUCUGGAAAUUUCGUUUUUCAUUAAUGGCUGAGAAAAGGGCCCUGACUAAAUUCUUACGCUGUGUUGAAUGGAGUGAUAUUCAGGAAGCAAAGCAGGCUUUAGAACUGAUGGGCAAGUGGCAGAUAAUUGAUGUAUGUGAUGCACUAGAGCUUCUAUCUCCAGUUUUUGAGAGCGAAGAGGUUCGUGCAUAUGCUGUGAGUGUUCUUGAAAGAGCUGAUGAUGAAGAGCUCCAGUGCUACCUUCUUCAGUUGGUUCAAGCACUUCGUUUCGAACGUUCAGACAAAUCUCGCCUUAGUUAUUUCCUUGUGGAACGCUCAUUGUGCAAUAUUGACUUGGCUAGUUUUCUUCGAUGGUAUGUGGCUGUGGAACUCCGUGAGCCUACAUAUGCUAGACGUUUUUACAGCACCUAUGAGCUGUUAGAAGAAAAUAUGUUGAAGUUAGGACCAAGUGCCAAUAGCGAUGAAGAUGGUUUCAAGCUUUGGCAGAGUUUGGUGCGUCAGACGGAAUUGACUGCGCAAUUGUGUUCAAUAAUGAAAGAUGUGAGAAACGUGAGAGGUGGAACUCAAAAGAAGAUUGAAAAGCUUAGGCAGCUCCUAUCCGGGCUUCUUAGUGAGCUCACCUACUUUGAUGAGCCUAUACGGUCGCCUCUGGCACCAAGGGUCCUUAUAACAGGGAUUAUACCAUCUGAAUCAUCGAUCUUCAAAAGUGCACUGCAUCCUUUGCGGUUGGCUUUUCGAACAGCAAGUGGCGGAAGCUGCAAGGUCAUAUUUAAGAAGGGUGAUGAUCUUAGGCAAGACCAAUUGGUUAUUCAAAUGGUAUCAUUAAUGGAUCGACUAUUAAAGCUGGAGAACCUCGACUUGCAUUUGACUCCUUACAGAGUGCUAGCAACUGGGCAAGACGAAGGCAUGCUGGAAUUCAUUCCUUCAAAAUCUUUAGCUCAGAUUCUGUCGGAGCAUCGUAGUAUCACAAGCUACCUGCAGAAAUUCUACCCAGAUGAAGACGGGCCUUUUGGAAUAACUGCAACGUGUCUCGAGACAUUCAUAAAAAGUUGUGCUGGCUACUCAGUUAUCACAUAUAUUCUGGGCAUCGGUGACAGGCACCUCGAUAAUCUGUUAUUGCAAGACGAUGGCCGCCUUUUCCAUGUGGAUUUCGGUUUCAUACUUGGCCGAGAUCCAAAACCUUUCCCACCACCUAUGAAACUCUGCAAGGAAAUGGUGGAAGCUAUGGGUGGAGCAGAGAGUCAAUACUACACCAGAUUCAAAUCCUACUGCUGUGAAGCUUACAACAUUCUCCGAAAAUCAAGCAACCUAAUACUAAACUUGUUUCACUUGAUGGCCGGUUCAAACAUUCCAGACAUUGCUUCCGAUCCCGAGAAGGGCAUUCUCAAGGUGACCAGAUUCAUUUAUUUUGUGGUGAGACCAUUCAACUAUCAUUGGGUUUUAUUCCUGUUUCCAUUGUUUGUGCAGCUUCAAGAAAAGUUCCGUCUGGACUUAGACGACGAGGAGUCCAUCCACUUCUUCCAGGAUCUCAUCAACGAGAGCGUCAGCGCGCUGUUCCCACAAAUGGUCGAGACCAUUCACCGAUGGGCUCAAUAUUGGCGCUGAUCCAAUGGUGGGAGACGUGUCAGGUGAGGCGAAGUUCAUUUUCCCUCUGGAUUAGGGAUGCCAAUCUUGUCUGAAACCGAUUGGUUGGGCCAGAUGGACUGAAUGAGGAUUAUGGCCGGAAAUGGUUCGGGGGCCAUGCUUUGAGAGGUCCGGUCAGGCCUGCUCGGAUCUUUCCGUUCGGUCUGCACUAGGCUGAUAUUGAGUUUCUUACACUCUUUCAUUUUCUUUUUGCUACAGAAAAACAAACAUUUUGAUGUGCAUAUGCAGUGAUGAGAGAGUUGGAUUUAAAUUUUGUAUAUUUGUAUAAAACAAUAUUGGACUUCAUUUUUAAUUUCUUUAGGAAUUUGACUGGUGAAAUUGCAAUAGGUACGAAAAAUGUGAUUAAUAGGUACCAAAAGCGAUAUAAAAUAAAGAUCAGGUACCAUUUAUGUGCGAAA